GAGAGACUGGCUGCAAUGCGCUCGGACUCAUUGGUUCCAGGGACCCACACCCCGCCGAUCCGGAGGAGAAGCAAGUUUGCCACUUUAGGAAGACUUUUCAAGCCAUGGAAAUGGAGGAAGAAGAAGAGUGAGAAGUUCAAGCACACGUCUGCAGCACUUGAAAGAAAAAUAUCGAUGAGGCAAAGCAGAGAGGAACUUAUCAAGCGGGGAGUGUUGAAGGAAAUUUUUGAUAAAGAUGGUGAGCUUCCCAUACAGAAUGAAGAAGGAUCAUUGGAAAAUGGACAGACUCUCAGUUCCAGCCAGGCUUCGCUUCCUGCCCUAUCUGAACUGGAGCCAUGUUCAGCAUCUGGGGAUUCUGGUACAUAUGAUAUGCUCCCAACUCCAGAGAUUAUGGAUGGAACAGAUCCUGGCGCUCCUGUGAAACUGCCUUGUAUGCCCGUCAAACUGUCGCCUCCGCUACCUCCAAAGAAAGUCAUGAUUUGCAUGCCUUUAGGGGGACCAGAUCUCUCCCUCACCUCCUACUCUUCUCAGAAGAGUUCCCAGCAACCGUUGGCUCCACAUCACCACACAGUCCUGCCAUCACAGUUAGCAGCGCACCAGCAUCAGUACGGCAGCCACAGUCCGCACUUGCCUUCUGGAUCCAACACGUUACCUAUUCAUCCUCCAGGGUGUCGGAUGAUCGAGGAAUUGAAUAAGACACUAGCCAUGACUAUGCAGAGGCUAGAAAGGUAUGAGUGCAGUUUGUGUUGCCUCUUAAGUUUUCAUAGCUCUGGUUUACAUGCAGGUGACAGUCUCUCAAAAACUGGACCUGGGGGCCUUUCAGACAUGAGACAAGUGCCAACUGUUGUGAUUGAAUGCGAUGACAAUAAAGAAAAUGUGCCUCAUGAAUCCGACUAUGAAGAUAGUUCCUGCCUCUACACAAGGGAAGAAGAGGAUGAGGAUGAAGAGGAAGAUGAUGAAAGUUCAUUAUUUACAAGUUCCCUGGCAAUGAAAGUCUGCCGGAAAGAUUCUUUAGCCAUCAAACUUAGCAACAGGCCAUCCAAACGAGAACUGGAAGAAAAGAACAUCCUCCCCAUGCAAACCGAUGAGGAGCGACUCGAGCUGAGACAGCAAAUUGGGACCAAGCUGACCAGACGACUGAGCCAGAGGCCAACUGCUGAAGAACUAGAGCAGAGGAAUAUUUUGAAACCACGGAAUGAACAAGAGGAGCAGGAAGAAAAACGGGAGAUAAAGAGAAGAUUAACACGUAAGCUAAGUCAAAGGCCAACGGUGGAAGAGUUGCGUGAGAGGAAAAUCCUCAUCCGCUUCAGCGAUUAUGUGGAGGUGGCAGAUGCUCAGGACUACGACCGACGGGCAGACAAACCAUGGACGCGGCUCACAGCUGCGGAUAAAGCUGCAAUUCGCAAAGAGCUCAAUGAAUUUAAAAGCACUGAAAUGGAAGUUCAUGAAUUAAGUAGGCAUCUAACAAGGUAG